AUGGAUAAUGGAUAUAUCGAAAGCCAAGAAUUGCAACAGUUUUUAAAAGAUCUUAUUAAAGAGGGAAUCAACAAAGAAGUCAACGAUAAUGAUAAGGAAUUCAAACGCUAUAAGAAUGAUCUAUUAGAAUUUUGUGAUUCAAAUAAUGACGGAAGAAUUGAAAUGGAAGAGCUUGCCUUAGUCUUACCUGUUGAGGAAAAUUUCUUACGUCAAUUUCGAAGAUCAAGCGAAUUAUCUGCGAGUGAUUUCAUGAAGGUUUGGCACCACUAUGAUGCGGAUAACAGUGGAUAUCUUGAAGAAGAUGAAAUGAAAGGAUUAGUUCGAGACGUCUUACGCCGUGGUAAAGAUUCUGUAAGCUUAACUGAUGUUGAAAACUAUACCCGAGGAGCCACCAAGACUAAACUAAGCAGGAAAGAAUUUCAAAGUGUUUUCAAUCAUUAUGACAAGGAUAAUAAUGGUUACAUUGAAGAUUACGAAUUGGAGGGAUUAUUAAAGGAUUUAGUUCAAGUUGAUGGAAAGGAUAUGACUGUUCGAGUAAUAGAAAGGCUGAAAAAGGAUUUAUUAAGUCUAUGUGAUAGAAAUAAAGAUGGUCGCUUACAAAUGGACGAACUAGCCUCAUUUUUCUGUUAUGAUAGAUCUAAAUCACUACCAGGUCGCAAAUAG